UUCCAGGACAAAAAAGACAGUUUCCCAGAAGUAGCCCAGCGAUCUUCGGCCCCUCCAGCCCUGGGCAGCCAGACUCUUGCCCAGCUGGACGGAUGGGCUUCAACUCCCAGAAUCCCCCAACCAGCGCAUUUAAGUUGCACUGUUGUCCUUUCUCCCCACAUCAGUAUGCAGAAGACCCUAUUGAGAAAGCCAGCCUUCUUGCUUCUAAGCAAAGGAGCCCCGCUAGGAAAAAAAAAAGCAAUGGCAACUGCCUCCUUGCUAGCAACAAAGCUGCAGAUUUUCCCAGGCUGGCUUGCAAAAUAUCCGCCGGGUUGCUCUCUUGGGGCCACGAAACUGACUUAGCCCCGGCCCAAAAGGGCUCCCCUUCUUUCCUCCGGGCCGUUCCGCUCCUCUGCGGGCUCCAGAGCUGGGAGAGAGGCUCCGACCUGGCUUCCUCCCUUUGGGCACCGCUGGGUAAUUUGCAGACGCUCCCUGGCACGGGCUGGCGGCCGGGACGCUUUGAGCGACGGACCCGUUGCUCGGACAACCCCGUUCCGUCCGCCGGCGGGUCCGGGCGGCAACAUGGAGCGCGGUGCCUGGAACCCGGGCCGGGGUCGCUUCCUGGCCUGCGCCUGUUUCCUUACCGAUAACCUCUUCGUGGAGCGCUACGGCCUCCACCUGCGCUACCAGGGCGAUCCGGAGCAGCUGCGCAGGGAGUACGGUCCGGUCUUGAGGCAGCGCGGCUGCAGGAGCGAGGAGGACUUCGCGGCCGUCCUUCGAGAGGUUGAAAAAGAAGUGCAGAGGAGAAAGGAAUUGGAUCAUCAAUCCAGAGAAAGAAAAGCAAUCAUCUCUCAGAAUUACAGACCAAAGCACCCACAGCUAUAUAUUUUACAGGAAUCAUUUUUUAAUUCGGAAUUUUUAGAAACCGUCAAAUACUGCAAAUCCCCAAAUGCUGAUCUCCAAGGUCUCCUGCGCCAUGUGGAAUCUUUAUCAGAUAAGAGAAUCUACCGGUUACCAAUAUUCACCAAGGAAUUCUGCGAAGCUUUUGUUGAGGAACUAGAACACUUUGAACAGUCCGAGUUGCCUAAGGGAAGACCCAAUUCUAUGAAUAACUAUGGGGUGCUUUUGAAUGAACUUGGACUGGACGAAACAUUUCUUACACCUCUGCGAGAGAAAUAUUUGCAACCGCUGACAGCCCUGCUUUAUCCGGACUGGGGAGGGAGCUGCUUGGACAGCCACAAAGCUUUUGUUGUGAAAUACGCACUGCAUGAAGAUUUGGACUUGCACAUCCAUUACGACAACGCAGAAGUGACUCUCAACGUCUGCCUGGGGAGAGAAUUCACAGAAGGCAGCCUUUACUUCGCAGAAUUUAGACAGGAUGCCAAGCCUGUGCCAAAUUACCUGGAGGUUGAACACGUGCUGUUCUAUGGGUUGUUCCAUCGCGGAGGGCAGCUCCACGGGGCAUUGCCCAUUGCCUCUGGCGAACGCAGGAACCUGAUUAUCUGGAUGCGAUCUUCGGCUGUCCGCAACCGACUUUGUCCCAUGUGCAACAGACAGCCUGACCUCAUUGAAGCAGACGGAUUUGGGGAUGGGUUCACUAGGAUUCUGGAGGGCAGCCCACCUGGGACCACAGACGUGUGCUCGUUAACAUAA